AUGGAGAGGCCUUGGAGGAAGCGUCUCAGGAGGGCUAAGCAUGCCUCGAAGAAGACUCAGGAUGCCCUGAUGGAGGUUCAGGAUAUGGCAGCCUGUGACUCUGGGAGUCAAGAGAGAAGAGAGCUGAGUGAGCCAGAGAUUGUUUGCCAAGAAAACAGCUCAGUGACUGAAACCCUCGGGGGGAAACAGCCCUCUGCAGAAACAUUUCAGGAAGAUUUGCGGAAUGAAAUACAGAAAAUGCUGGAAGAAUUUAGAGUUGACAUGAAACAGGCUCUUCUUGCAAAGAGAAAAAAGUUUGAGAUGAACACAAGAGCUACUUUCAAAAUCACUAAUGAAAAACUUGAUAGUGUUUGUAAAACACACCAAGAACAAAGGCAGAAUCUUUCUCUCGAAUAUGCUCAGCAGUUUCAGACUUUGUUUCGGGAGUGGGAUUUAGACAUGAAGAAAGCCCAGGAACAAGAAGAAAAACUAGCUCACAUGUUUCGAGAGCAACGAAAUGUUCUUCAACAAGCUAGACUUCUUCAGAGCCAGAGGCUGAAAAAAAUUAAAAAUUCAUACAAGCAAUUCCUGAAGUGUAUGGAGGUGUUAGAAAAGGAUCAUGAGCAUUUUCUGAGUGAUGAGCAAAGUGAAAUUAGACAAGAAAUGGCCAUUCUGCAAGACAAAAUUAUCGUUGAAGCUCUGCAUAAUGAACUGCAAAUGCUUCAAAAGUUUUUUCUGUCCCUGUUAUUCUGA